AUGACUUAUAAAAAGAUUCCAAUUCCUGAAAUUGAAGCAGCUAAGAGAAAGAGUCAGUCCGAUGUUUUCUUCACACCUGUUUUGUUUGGAGGUGUGUUUGCCAUUCAUGCUGAUUGGUGGAAAAAAUUAAAAGGAUUCGAUCCUUUUCUCGACAUUUGGAGUGGAGAGCAGUUUGAAAUGUCAUUCAAGAUGGAUAUUCCCCUUGGUGGUCUCCACGAGUCACCCAUUGAUUUGCCUUAUGUGGGACCUGAAACUCACGAAGGCAAAAAUAUCUUUGGUGUGACCGUAGAGUUUACCCCGGCCACCACUGCAGCGAAUUUUAAGCUGCAUUACAUUGAGGUUGCAUUUGAGAAAAAGGAGGGCAUAUUUGAAUAUGUGUGUGUUGAUGUGGGGAGCAUGAAAAAUUUCUGGCUGUGCGAGUCUCUGGGUGCGGGAUUCGAGAGUACUGAGUGGCGCUUCAAAUUUCAAAUGGAGCGUCUAACAUGGAUGUGUGGGGGUGAAGUGAUAGAGACGCCCUGUAGUCGGGUGGCGAGAGUGCACAGGGGCUCAAUGAAUGUUCCUUACUCCCCCCGAGCGGCAAUUGAGAGGAGCAUGAGCAACAUGCCCAGAGUGGCCAAUGUGUGGAUGGACGAGUACAAGGAGUUCUUCUUCUACAGGAAACCGGACAGGAGAUUCGCCAGACUCAUGACCGGAAUCGAGCAGAGAUUUGAAAUCAGACAAAAACUGCAGUGCCAUUCUUUUGACUGGUUCAUGAAAAAUAUCAAUUUCAACCAACCCACUUAUUAUCCUGCUGUCGAGCCUCGUUCCCAUGCUCACGGUCGAGCACGCUCACAGGAGCACAUGAUGAAGUGCAUUAACAGAUAUGAUAAGAAAUUAAUGCUCUCCAAAUGCGAAGGUGCGCCUUCAAUUUCACUCACAUGGCGAAAGGAGUUCAUAUUCGACAAAGACUCUCAGGCGUGUCUAGACGUCGGCAGUAUCUCGAAGCACGAUCGCAAACCGAUUCCGACAUGUUAG